CGCACGUCGCACGCUCGACGGCGCGGCGCACGUCGACGCCCCGCGCGCAGCUCCGCGACCUCGCCCGCCGCCGCCGCGCUCACAGCGCGCGUCUCGCGUCUCGCGUCCGUCGUCAUGCCGCCGACGACGAUCCACGUCAAGGCGACGAGCGGAAGCAAGAUCACGCUCGACGUCGACCUCUCCGCGACGGUCGCGGAUCUCAAGGCGCUCCUCGCGACGCCGUCCAACGCGGACUGCGAGCCGUCGCGGCAGCGUCUGAUCUACAAGGGGCACGUCCUGAAGGACGAGAAGAGCCUGGAGAGUUACGGGCUCGCGGCGGAUCACACGAUCCACCUCGUGAAGGGGCCCGCGCCGGGAUCGGGCGCGGCGACGACGACGACGACGAUGACGACGACGACGACGACGACGACGCCUUCGCCUUCGCCGCCCGCGCCCGCGCCCGCGCGCGCGGACCCGUUCGGGUUCCUCGGCGCGAUGAGCGGCGGCGACCCGUUCGGCGGGAUGGGCGCGCUCGGCGGCCUCGGCGGGAUGGGCGGCGACAUGAUGGGCGACGUCGCGGCGAUGCAGCGGCGGCUGGCGGAAAACCCGGGCGCGACGGCUGAGCUCUUGAACUCGCCCGCGAUACGCUCGUACGUGGACAGCAUAACGCAGAACCCGGAGACGUUACGCGCGAUGUUUGAGAGCAACCCCCAGAUGCGCGCGGUGCUCGAGCAGAACCCAGAGCUGAACCACAUGCUCAACGAUCCGGAGACGCUGCGAAGGACCGACCCCGCGAACGUGCGGGCGAUGAUGCAGAUGCAGCAGGCGAUGCGUCAGCUGUCGGGCAGCGGGCUGGGGCCGGACGUGGCGGCGGGGGGCGGCGGGUUCGGCGGCGGGUUCGGCGGCGGGUUCCCGGGCGCGGGCGCGGGCGCGGCGGCGGCGGCGCCGAGCGAACCCCCGGAGACGUUGUACGCCUCGCAGCUCGCGCAGCUGAAGGACAUGGGGUUUUUCGACGAGGCGCAGAACAUCCGCGCGCUGCAGGCGACGAUGGGGAACGUCAGCGCCGCGAUCGAGCGGCUCUUGUCGCAGUGACGGACGCGAUCGAUGCGAUGAGAGACGAAACGUUCCGCCG